AUGAACCUAAUGGCACUCAAAGCUUUCCUGGGCUUGCUCUGGAAUUGCUGGGUUCUAGUGGGUCAUGCACAGGGAGGCUUGGGAGACAAUCAUGUCCAUUCAAGUUUUAUUUACAGGAGGCUGCGGAACCAUGAAAGAAGGGAGAUCCAGAGAGAGAUUCUCUCUAUCUUGGGUUUACCUCACAGACCCAGACCAUUUUCACCUGGAAAGCAGGCUUCUUCUGCACCCCUCUUCAUGCUGGACCUGUACAAUGCCAUGACAAAUGAAGAGGAUACUGAGGAACUGGCGUAUUCACUGAGGGAAUCAAUGGGAGGAGAGAGCAGAGGGGUAAGAAAAGGAUACUCCGCAUCUCCAAAUGGAUACUCACGGAGAAUACAAUUAUCUCGCAUGACCCCCCUGACCACACAGAGUCCUCCCUUAGCCAGCCUGCGUGAUACCAACUUUCUGAAUGAUGCCGACAUGGUCAUGAGCUUUGUCAAUUUAGUUGAAAGAGACAAGGACUUUUCUCAUCAAAGAAGGCACUACAAAGAGUUUCGAUUUGACCUGACUCAAAUCCCACAUGGAGAAGCAGUGACAGCAGCUGAAUUCCGGAUUUACAAGGACCGAAGCCACAAUCGGUUUGAGAAUGAAACAAUUAAGAUUAGCAUAUAUCAGAUCAUCAAGGAAUACCCAAACAGGGAUGCAGAACUGUUCCUGCUGGACACAAGGAAGACUCAAGCUUUUAAUGUGGGCUGGCUUGUAUUUGAUAUCACUGUGACCAGCAAUCAUUGGGUGAUUAAUCCACAGAACAAUUUAGGCUUGCAACUCUGUGUUGAAACCGGGGAUGGUCGCAGUAUCAAUGUUAAAUCAGCUGGCCUUAUAGGAAGACAAGGGCCUCAAUCAAAGCAGCCAUUUAUGGUUGCAUUCUUCAAGGCAAGUGAAGUGCUUUUUCGAUCUGUCCGAGCAGCCAACAAUAAAAGGAAAAAUCAGAACCGCAACAAAUCCAGUAGCCAUCAGGAUUCUUCCAGGAUGCCCAGUGUAGCAGAUUACAACACAAGUGAACAAAAGCAAGCCUGUAAAAAACAUGAACUUUAUGUGAGUUUCCGUGACUUGGGAUGGCAGGAUUGGAUAAUAGCACCAGAGGGCUAUGCUGCGUUCUACUGUGAUGGAGAAUGCUCCUUUCCACUCAAUGCCCACAUGAACGCUACAAACCAUGCCAUAGUUCAGACUCUGGUUCAUCUGAUGUUCCCUGAUCACGUACCUAAGCCAUGCUGUGCACCUACAAAACUGAAUGCAAUCUCAGUGCUCUACUUUGAUGACAGUUCCAAUGUUAUUUUGAAAAAAUACAGAAAUAUGGUGGUGCGUUCGUGUGGCUGCCACUAGAAUAAAAAAUGAAAAAAAAUCAAACCCAGUGUUUGUUCAGAAUUGUAAUCAAGUCAAAAUACAAUUCUUGCUAGUGAAAAGGCAUCCCUAAACUUAUUCCAUUUCAUGCCAUCUCUCAUUUAAUGUACAGUAAUGUAUAUAGUAGCUUUUAUUUAUUUAAAGGUAUAUAGUUUCUUUUCUAUGGGUGAAAUUUCAAAACAGUUUAUUUUAUGGGUCACCUUACUAUGUUGGGGAACCUCCAAAGCUGUUUUUCAAUCGAUCUCACUGAGACCCUUUUCUGUCCAUUUCAACAUUUUAAAGUAAGACCUUUGUAUAGUUUUUUUUUUAAGUUAGAAAGCCCAGAACUCCUGUGACUGUUAUAUUGUUAAAGGAAAUUGAAUACAUUUGGUUAUGUUGUGCAAAUGAAAUAUAUACUUGGAUAUUUAUUUAGAAAAGGCACUAAAAAAAGAAACUGAAGAAAAAAUGCUUGGCUAAACAUAAUUUUUCUUUUAGAAGUUUUACUUCAUUAGACAAAUUGAAAUGUUGAACAGUGUUUAAAUAAACAAACAGUAGGUAGAACAUAGAAGCUGAAAGACUGCACAUAAUUGUUAUAGCUAUUUUCCGUAACAGAAUCGGUGUAACUGGAGGAACAUGUUACGUCUUGGCUUGUGGAAUUUUGCAAAAGGCUCAAAGCUUCAGGAAUUCUGUGGAGAUCGGCUUGAGUCUGUGCCUAUAGCUUUCCAAGUUAACACUAAACACUUGUAGUACAACCUUCUUUCCUCAAAUAAAUUGUCAGUUUAUUAUCUAUAA